UGGAGACAACAUGGACGAUGAGGAGGAAACUUACCGGUUGUGGAAGAUCCGCAAAACUAUUAUGCAGCUGUGCCAUGACCGUGGUUACUUAGUAACGCAGGAUGAAUUGGAUCAGACACUGGAUGAGUUUAAAGCCCAGUUUGGGGACAAACCUAGCGAAGGGCGCCCUCGCCGAACUGACCUGACUGUAUUAGUAGCUCAUAAUGAUGAUCCCACAGACCAAAUGUUUGUUUUCUUCCCAGAGGAACCCAAAGUUGGCAUUAAGACAAUUAAGAUGUAUUGCCAGAGAAUGCAGGAGGAGAACAUUACGAGGGCUUUAAUCGUGGUGCAGCAGGGAAUGACCCCAUCUGCCAAACAGUCCCUGGUGGAUAUGGCACCCAAAUACAUUCUGGAGCAGUUUCUACAACAGGAGCUUCUGAUUAAUAUCACAGAGCAUGAGUUGGUUCCAGAACACGUGGUAAUGACAAAGGAUGAGGUGACGGAAUUGCUAGCUCGAUACAAACUUCGGGAGUCUCAGCUUCCCCGUAUUCAGGCUGGUGACCCUGUGGCAAGAUACUUUGGGUUAAAGCGUGGUCAGGUAGUUAAAAUCAUUCGUCCUAGUGAGACUGCUGGCCGUUACAUAACUUAUCGCUUGGUGCAGUGAGGCAUACACAUGUUGAUGGAAGAGACUUUUCAAUUGUGGAUAUUUUUUAUCUGUAAGGAGAUGCCUAGAUUUAUUCUAUAGACUGUGGACUACAGCUGCUUUAUCAAAGCGCAUAAAGAAUAAGUUCCAUAUAAGGUCUAUGGUUAUACAGUACACAUGGAGUAGUGCAGUCAAUGCCAGUGCUGGCUCUUCUUUUGCUGCCUAUAGAAGACAAACAAUCCAAAGCAAUUUUGAAAUUGCAAUUAACAAAUGACAACCCUCAUUUCAACUAGUUGGAAGUGUUAUAUAUUUGAAUAAGGUAAAUAUGCUGUAUAUUUGAGGUUAUACAUUACCAAUGUUUUCUUUGCUUUGAUGAGACUUUAACAAGAAAAAAAGUUCAGCCAAGUUUUGUUUUUUUAUUGAAUGGGACAAAAUUGUGUAUUUAGCUUUUCCCCCAUUAGGAUGGAAUGAAUAAAGCUACACUGUUUUAUAUUAAAAAAAA